AUGUCUGAAGUGGGCCGGAGCUGCGGCUCCCCCGCGGCGAGAACAAAUCCAUCUUCGCCCAAGAGACGGAAGAUCCGCAAGGGCACGCAGAGCUGCUGGGAAUGCAAGCGGCGGAAGACCCGGUGCAGCUUUGCCAAGUCUACUGCAUUGGUAUGUGAUGGGUGUCGAAGUCGUCGCACCAAAUGCGUCAGCCAAGAGUUUGACGACGAGAGGAUCGACCGAAUGGCAUCACUGGCUGGGCAGUCAGUCAAGCGGAAUGGUAGGGACGCGCCACACAACUUGAACCAGAGUCGUCCGGAUCAAGAAGAGGGUGCAGAGCCGAUAGGCGCUUUCGAGGGUAGUCCUCCCUCUGUUCUGCUCACGAUGUCUGGUCUGGAACCAGGCGUCCAGGUGAAUGGAGGCCUCGAAGACAUAUCCAGUGCUCUCCGAGCAGUUUGGCCUAAUCAGCACGACCUCGAUCUAAUACUGAGUGUCCCGGUCGGUGUAUCCGUGCUUCUUCACGGUGUGAUGUGCAUGCCAUACUCAGCAUUCGCCUCUGAGAAGCUCGCAUCACCGCGGCACCUGCUGGAACUACCACCAGAAGGAUCACAUCCAGUCCACAUCGCCAGAAGGCUCUUGAUGUUGGGCACAUUUCUACAGGGCAUCUCUCCAUCGUUCGCAGACAAGCUCGCUGACAUGAGGUCGGAAUAUCGCAAUCUCAUGUCUCGUGUGGUCGACACCGCUACUAGGCUAGUGACAAGUAACGAUGAGCUUGUCGAAUCGCUGGAGGGUAUCGAAUGCGUGAUGAUCGAGAGCAUGUAUCUGAACAACGCCGGCAAUCUCCGCCGCGCCUGGCUUGCAAAUCGCAGGGCCAUGGUCAUGGCGCAGAUGAUGGGGUUGGGACUACCUACAGGCACAGGCUCCUUGGUCAAGGUUCUCGAGAAAGAGACCUACGAUCGCAUCGACCCAGAAUACAUGUGGUUCCGCAUAGUCUCCUCGGAUCGGUACCUGUCAUUGAUGCUUGGUCUUCCGCAAGGCACACUCGAAAACGUGUUUGCCAGUCCGAAGGCACUGGAGAAUUGUAUGAGCAUGGAGCGAAUGGAACGCAUGAUGUCCGUUGCCGGCCGGCUUAUCCUCCAGCGGAACGGCGCCGAACGGACUGACAUACAAGCGACGUACCAAAUUGACAAGAUGCUGCAGGAGGCUGCAGCGAUGAUGCCUCCGCAGUGGUGGUCGAUGGCCCCUGACCUUACUGAGGUCUCCAACAAUGAUGCGAAGGCAUUUCAGGAGACAGUCCGCCUCAUGAACCAGUUCGCAUAUCACCACAUGUUGGUACAGCUGCACCUGCCAUACAUCUUGCAGGCCUCAUCCACAGCCUCGAGCUACGACUACAACAAGAUGACUGCCGCUACUGCGAGUCGCGCGAUCGUUGCCUUGUUCGUGUCUAUCCGCAACUCCGUCCUAGCCAGUGCUUAUUGCCGAGGCAUCGAUUUCGUCGUCUUCAUCGCUAGCACGACGCUGUGUCUCGUGCACAUCGAAGCUCGUCGGCAGCUCUUCAAUGGCCUCCAACACCAGCGGUUAAGCGACCGUGGGUUGCUCGAGCGUACCCUCGAGAUCAUGGAGACGAUGGCCGAGCAGAACCAGGACGUGAUUGCUCGAGAGAUCUGCGGCAUCUUGCGACCACUCCUUGCUAUCGAGGACAGUUCUGCCAAGGGUGGAUAUUAUCAUGCCAGUGCCUCCCCUGAUGGUGAGAACCGGGGAGCGCGAGGUGUCAGCGGCGCGGGGGACGCCCACGAUGUGCUGCGUAUUGAGAUCCCAUACUUUGGUACCAUCAGGAUAGAGCAUCGUCCCUCCCUUGGCUCCCCAAUACAGGUGCCGUCAGACGAGCGUAUCCAGAGCACAUCUACCUCGCAAGCAACUGAGAACAGCCUUAUUUUUCUGCGCGAACGAGCUUCAUCGCCUAACCAAGAGCAGCACCAUCUGAGACAAGGAGGACCGGCAUCUGACCUUCAACCAGCGGGCUACGAAAUAAGCACCACUGAGCCCGCUAACACUGACUGGCAAUCCGUACCGUCACAUGUUUCUGCCAACCUGGACCCGGAUCUCCUGUCGUCCGAUACUGGCGGUGAUUACGAGCAGCUUCUUGUUCCUGGUCUGGAGGCAGGCAUACACGACUGGGCUCUGCAAGGCGUGGAUAUGGCCUUGUUCAGUAGCCUCACGCAAGGCUCGGUAGACCCGACUGAGACGACUUUGUUGUCUGAUAUGUAG